GAAGCUAUAAUCUUCCUUCUCUCGUCUCAUCUUGUUCUUCUGUCCCACUAAAUCUAUCAAAAACUAGCGGAUAAAAGUAGAAAUUGCUGCAUAUUUCAUGAUGAAUCAGAAUUUUUAUCCUUGUCCACUUCUAACAGUUCGUGCACCUGAACCAAAAAAAUCCUUUGCUGGUAGAUGCAUACAAGCUAUCAUUGUUGGGGCAGGUCCUUCAGGAAUAGCAACAGCUGCUUGCCUUAAACAACAAGGGGUUUCCUUUGUAAUCUUUGAACGGGCCAACUGUAUUGCUUCACUAUGGCAAAAUAGAACUUAUGAUCGACUUAGACUUAACGUGCCACGAAAAUUCUGCGAAUUGCCUUACUUGUCAUUUCCAGAACACUUCCCAGAGUAUCCUACGAAGUACCAGUUCAUCAGCUAUCUCGAAUCUUAUGCCAAGCACUUCGAGAUCAACCCACGAUUCAACGAGUCAGUGAACUUAGCUGAAUAUGAUGAAACACUCAGUUUAUGGAGGGUAAAGACAGUUUCUGGAAAUGGUUCAAUCACCGAGUAUAUGUGUAGGUGGCUUGUUGUUGCCACAGGAGAGAAUGCAGAAAAGAUAGUGCCUGAUUUCGUAGGACUACAAGAUUUUGGUGGUCAAGUUAUGCAUGCUUCCGACUAUAAGACAGGGGAGUCAUAUGAAGGAAAGAAUGUGUUGGUUGUUGGGUGUGGCAAUUCAGGCAUAGAUAUUUCACUUGAUCUUUCCCACCAUAAUGCAAAUCCAUUCAUGGUGGUCCGAAGCUCGGAGGGUCGUGUUUUCUCUAGGGAAAUAAAUAUAGUUCCAGCAAUCAAGAAAUUUUCUCAAGGAAAAGUGGAAUUUGUUGAUGAGAAAGUUCUUGAGAUUGACUCUGUAAUCUUAGCUACAGGAUAUUGCAGCAAUGUGAAGUCCUGGCUAAUGGAGAGUGAAUUUUUUUCAAGUGAGGGAUAUCCAAAAACCCAAUUUCCAAAUGGAUGGAAGGGAGAGGCUGGUCUAUAUGCAGUUGGCUUUACAAGAUAUGGACUUUACGGUGCAUCUUUGGAUGCCACUAAUGUUGCACAAGAUAUUGCAAAAAACUGGAAGGAAGAAAUGUAGUAGAAAAAUCAAUCUGUUGCAUGCCAUAGAGAAGAAGCAUCAAGCAAGUCAACUUUCUAAUGCCAAGAAAAUAAGAUUUUCCUUUCCUUUUGUAUUCUUUUUUGGCUUUUCUUCCUGUAAUU